UUACUGCAGAGUUAGAUGGCAUCAAUUUUGCAGGAUGCCUCUGAAGAGUUGCCAAAUUAAGUUUUACAAGAGAAUAUUCUCAUAGAAGAGCACUUUGAAAUUAUUUUUGCCACUUGUAUCUGUCUUUUGUGAAUUUUCUUUGGGACCUAAAGAGGCUGGAAUUAGUAAAAUAAGAUCCAAUGAUUGCUUGGCUUAGCAACCCCAAUUCCUCUAUCCACUCUUCCAGAGGCGAAAAAUUGGUGUCAGGAAAAAGACUGAAUGACUCAUGUGCAAAUCAUACCUCUAAGAACUCUUUUCAUAUUGAAGCACAGGAUUAACUGUUUUUAUCCCCUCUUUUUGCACGUGCUGUCCUUCAGUGUUUCAGCAGGAGCAGGGUACAAUCUGUCAGAAUUCGCAUUCCUCCUCCCUCUGUGACUGAGAGCUCGUGGUGUGACUUGCAGACCGAGCUCCCUUGCAGCCCCAUCAGCACACACGGCGCUCUGGCUGCCAGCUUGGCACCUGGCCUUGUGCUGCUGCAGGCUGGGGCUGUGUUUGGCAGGAAAGCUCCACCAGUGCAACCAGGGACAGCUGAAGCAAUGACAAGUGGGUCCCCUUCAUGCAGAAUUCUCUCAGAUGAUGAACGACAUGAUCUGCUUCACCUCAGUGUGGCAGGAGGCCAGGGCUAAAAAUUCUGCACUUUCUGCAGUGACAGCCACACAAAAUAACCUCUUGGAGGAAGGAGAUGGCUGAGCACUUUUCAGAACCCUCUGGGUGCCCUGGGUGACAUGUGUCCCUGGCAGGGGGCUGGGGUGUCCUGGCAGGAAGCCAGAGACACUUGGGAUUUUGAUCUUAACCCAUGGAGCAAAUUACCAACCUUGUAUGAAGAAUCAUACAGAAGCUUAAGUAGAGUAAUAAUGAAUUAAGUCACAGAAGCUUAAGUAGAGUAAUAAUGAAUUAAUCACCAGGUGAAAAGUGGAGUUUUGAAGAUGUUAUUAUAGGGGGUCCCCAGCCCCGGAACCUCUUGCACCUUUUGGAUGCGGCUCCGCUUGGGAAGGUGGAAGGUGAUGCUGCACAGCCAGCCUGGGAGGAGGCAGCUCCUGGGGCUGUUUGCAGGGGGCUCUGGCAGCCAGCCCUGGGCACACAGGCUGUCACAACCAGCCCUGGCGAGGCUGGAAACAGCAGCAUCAGCAGCAAGCACUUCCUCAUUGCUAACCUGCUCUCCUGAUUCUGAGUUUCUGUGCUGCCAUGGGCCUUGCAGAACAGGUUCCCAGUACAGCCAGCUGUCAGGCUGGUGGCUGACACAACAGCCCACGGUAUGGCAUGUUCAGAUAUCCUCUUCUUUUUCCUAUUCUUUUUUUUUAAAUUGUUGGCUCUGGUGCUGUGCUCCUCCAGGACUGCCCUUCCAUAGCAAGGAAGGAAGCUCCUCACCUGCCAGCAGCUGCUGUAUCACAGCUGCUGUGGACGAGGCAUGAUGGCAAAUGCUGCCACAGGCACUGCAGCUCAGGUUGCAAAAGUUGCAGAAGAUUGUUUUCAUGAAGUUUUUUAUGGUGGGAUUCAUCUCUCCUGACUAUUGCCAAAAGCUGAUCUUGGCUGUCCAGCCUUUCACAGCCGUAUCUGGAGCUCAUCCCAUCUCCUACCUAAAGUAAGUAUCUAGGCUAGAUCAAAGCACCCGUGCCUUUGGAAAUACUUCUUUUCCCUCCUCUAAGGUGAUCCUGAGUGGCUCAUCUGGGUGUGUCUGAAACCACGUGGGGCUGCCUUGUGAGUGGAUAUUGCCAUCUGUAUGCCAGGAGCACAGCAAUCAUGUCCCCUACACACAAACUUCUGUGUAUUCAGCUUUAAAACACAUUUCUUGUGGAUGUCUCAUCUUGGGAGCUGUGUUUUAGAGCCUGCUCUCCUGACAGACUUGCAGGGGCCUUUCCAACAGACUUCACUUUUCCACCUGGUUGCAGACUGACAAUAAAUAGGGAACCCAUUGCUAAUGUUCAUACAUUUUUUUCCUGCUAGCUUUGCAAUGUUGUAGUUAAUAGUUAAUAUUUAAAAGCAGUCCAAAUGCAGGUUGCAGUACGUGUAAAUUUGACAUUGUCAGAUGAUGCAAAAUCUGCUUAAUUGGAAUGAUAUUCUGGUAAAUGAAUCUAAGCUUUUUAAACAUUAAAAAAAACUAAAAUAAUUAAGGCGUUAAGGAGUAGGCAAAGAUAAAUGUUCUUCACCUGAGUAAAAGUAUGCAAAUGAGAAUCAAUUUAUCUGAAGAAUAGGUUUGAUGGAUUUCCCAUAUUCUGAACUCUUUUAAGAGAAAGUGAGUUUCAACAUCUACAUUUUUCCCUUGCAUUAAAACUAAAUUAAUUAAACAAGAAGUCAGCAUUUAAAUAACACUGCAUUAAAAUUAUCAUAGAAAAUAAUACUUUCUUCUCUUGCAAAUAUUCUUAUGAAAUGGUAGAAAUGAGCUGUGUUUUCAUCUGCUCACUGAGGGCAAAUAUAGAGAGCAUAUAGUUGUGCUGGUAAAAGAGAAAAAUUGAAACUUUAAAUUAAGACCAACAUAUAUAUGUAAUAAAUAUAUAAUAGAUAAUAUAAUACAUAAUAUAUAAUAUAUAACAUAUAGCAUAUAACAUAUAAUAAAUAUGUAAUAUAUAUAAUGAUCACAGUAAAAUGUGUAAAAUUCUAUCAAGAAAAAUCCAAUAACAAGUGCAAAUAUGGCAGAUAAAAUGACUGUCUGCAGUUAACCUGGAAGCUUCAGGGGGCAAUGAGAGAGAGCUUGCAUAUUUAUGUACUUAGCAAGUUUAUAACUUCUUUUUAGCUUUCAUAAGUUUUUUUUUUUUAGUUCUAAAUGUUGUGAUUCCACAAUUCCAUAACUCAUAAAUAAUUGAGUUCAUUUAGUAUUUAGCAAAUCCCUUAGUGUACUUUUGUGCAGAAGAAGAUAAUCAAGGCUCUGCAUGCAAACCUCUGCAUUGGGGCUGGGGCACAGAGGGCUCAAACCCAAAACUGGUCGAUGUCCAUGAGCUGUUCGUGCCCUCCCAGGAGCUCAGCCAUCCCUUGGUGUUUGUGUGACCCUGCUCCAAGGCACCAAGAGUGAAAGCUGGGAGGUUGCAGGUGCUUGGAAAAGCUGAGCCUGCACUCCCAGGGCUCUUGCACCUGAGCUGAGCCACUCCAUGCUUGUUGGGUGGAUGGUGGGGAGCUCCCUUUGAGAGGUGCUUGAUGCAGCUCCAAUGUUUAGACAUCAGGGAAGGAAAAAAAAAAAAAAAAAAAGAAAGAGUGAAGAAAACAAGUUGUUCCAGCCGGGAGAGGCUGGCACUGAGGGCAGGUAGGCUGCCAAAGCAGGGACAGCACCAGACCUGCCUCCUUCUGCACUGCUCCGGUACCGCUGACUGGGGGCAGUUUUGCAAUCACCAUAAGAAGGAAAUCCAAGGUUUAAGAGCCAUGUGGUGAGGUGCUCCACUUCUGGGAGCAGGCUGUGUCACAGCUUUGGCCGUGACGCUGCGCUGGCUCCCAGCCUGGAGCCUGGGGCACGGCAGAGGAACAGCCUGACACCGCGCUGACACACAAUUGAAAAGAAAAUCAUGUCACUGAUUGAGAUCCCGUUUAUUUACCAGAGUCAGAUGUUGCACAAAGUUAAUCAUCAGCAAAAUACAAAUCAAUAAAGAAUGUAUUUGCUUUAGAGAACUGUCUUUCAGCUCCUAUCCUAUAAAGACUGGGGAAGACCUAUAUUCAGACCUGGAGAAGGAAAACCAUGGACAGACCAAUCACUGCUGGCCAGCUUAAAGAAAAAUCACUCUUCCAGGACAGUGAUGGCAGUGCAGCUCCUGCCAAGACUGUGUGCCAUAAUUGUUCAAAGCUAAAGAUAUUUCUUGGAGCUCUAGCUUUUUCCUUUUUUGCCAAAGGAUUUUCUGGAAGCUACAUGAAGAGCAUGUCCAGUCAAAUUGAAAGGAGAUUUGAAAUCUCAUCAUCGAUUGUUGGCAUUAUUGAUGGCAGCUUUGAGAUAGGUAACUUAAUGGUGAUGGUGUUGGUGAGCUACCUUGGACCAAGAGUUCACAGGCCAAAAAUAAUUGCUGUUGGGUGUCUCAUCAUGUCUGUAGGAGCUUUUUUGUCAGUGAUGCCUCAGUUCCUAAUGGGACGUUACAAUUAUGAAAGGAUAACUGUUAGCGUGGACAACUCCUCCACGAGUGUGUCAGCUUGCUCCCCAGGGUCUGAGGGCCCUCCAGCCACAGAUGCUACAGAAACACUCAGCACAGUGAUAAAUGCUGGAUGUGAGAAAACAACAAAUUCCUAUCUGUGGCUUUUUGUGCUGGUGGGGAACCUUCUGCGUGGAAUUGGGGAAGCACCAAUUAUGCCUCUGGGAGUUUCAUAUAUUGAUGAUUUCUCUAAAGAAGAAAACUCAGCAUUUUACAUAGGCCUGGUGAGAUCCUCGGGCAUGUUUGGGCCGACGCUGGGCUUCCUGCUGGGCUCCUUCUGUGCCAGCCUCUGGGUUGACGUCGGCGUCGUGGACAUCGAUGCCAUCAGCAUAAAUCCUAAGGACACCCGUUGGGUUGGUGCCUGGUGGCUUGGAUUGCUUAUCUGUGGAGCUGUCAACUUCAUUGCUUCAUUGCCUUUCUGGUUUCUGCCCUAUUCCUUACCAAAAGAAGGACAGAAUGAAAACUUGAAGAUUAGUCACUUGUCUGUUCAAGGAGAUCCCUGUAAAAUAGACCCCCCAGCUCAGCCACAAUUAAAGUUCUCAGAGGCAGUAAAAGAUUUCUUGCCAGCACUCAGGAAGCUGUUUGGAAACCCAAUUUUUGUGGUGUUCAUCUUCCUCACUAUUCUGCAGUAUAAUUCCCUUGUUGGGAUAAUAACCUAUGAGACAAAGUUUAUGGAGCAGCAAUUCAAUGUGUCAGUGGCAAAAGCCAUCUUUCUAAUUGGUGUGAUACUUCUACCCGUCACAAUCCUGGGCAUGUUUCUGGGAGGCUUCCUGAUCAAGAAAUUCAAGCUCCACAUAACUGAAAUGGCCAAGUUUGCCUGCAUCACCUUCGUGGUGGCGUAUCUGCUGAACCUGCUGUACUUCACGUGCAGCUGUGAGGUGCUGCAGGUGGCCGGGCUGACCGCGCCCUACGCUGGAAUGAAGCACCUUUCCUCCAGCAAGCACACCUACACAGCCAGCUGCAAUGCUGAGUGCAGCUGCAAGGUGGACCAGUGGGACCCUGUCUGUGGGGACAACGGGAUCACAUACAUGACAGCCUGCUUUGCAGGGUGCAAAUCAUCAUCUGGGACAGGGAGGAAUAUGGUGUUCCACAAUUGCAGCUGUGUGGAAGGACAAGGGCUCGGGCUUGGAAACUCCUCUGCUGUUUUGGGACAAUGCCAAAGAGAAAGCUGUACCAAAGCCUUUCCCUAUUUUUUAGCAUUACAGACUGCAUGUGCAUUUAUUUUAGCCUUAGGAGGCACUCCUACAUACAUGAUUAUGUUUAGAUCUGUUUCGCCAGACCUGAAAUCCUUUGCUGUUGGGAUAGAAACGUUGGGUGGUAGAGUACUAGGAGGACUGCCAGCCCCUAUUUAUUUUGGUGCCUUGAUAGACAAGACCUGCUUGAAAUGGGGGACAAAAAGCUGUGGGGGAUCAGGAUCCUGCCGAGUGUACGACACAAAAGAGUUCAGGAAUGUGUAUCUUGGCCUCAUUGCAGGACUACGGGCAGGAUGCUGUCUUUUGUACAUAGUACUCUCUAUUUUAAUUAUGAAACGCUUCAAACCAGAUGGCAAAGAGAAGACAGAUAUUAAAAAUGCAGAAAGACCAACCAGCAAAGAACCAGAAACUGCCAACAAAAGAGAAAUUCUUCCUGGUUCAAGAACCUCAGAGGAGAGCGAGGAAACUUAUAUGUAAAAAAAACCAAACAAGGUCUUUUGUAACUUUGCCUGUGCCUCAGUUUUUCUGAGCACAAAAAGGUCUAAAUACAGACUUCAACAACUAGUUUACAGUUUGGGAGUUCAGAAAGUAUCUUUCAACAUUAGCUUUUUAUUUGCUUUACCCUAUCUUCUUCCUUUCCUCAUCUGAAACAACAAUAAGGGGAAAAGGUGUUCAAAAUUUUGGGGAACUCUCCCAUCCUCUUGCUCUCAGUCCCUUUCUAGACCAACAGUAGGACAAGCCAAAAUUUUGCAAGUGCCAUAAAUUUGAUUAUGAUUGAAAAAUUAAGAAGAAAUCCACAAUAAGCUGCUUUGACAUUUUUCACUGACUUUAUUUCAAGUCUUCUUGCUCUGUAUUUAGUCCUCCAGCUCUACACAGGCAACCAAGUUUCACUUGGGCUUCUCUGAUGGCCUCUCAAGAGCAGAGCUCCUUGUUCCAUCCACGGCCAGGUGAGACCCCAGGGAUGUCAGUGAGCACCCUCUGAACUCAAACUGCACCACAGCUCUGGGGUUUGGCUUGAAAAGCAGUCACAGUGGAAAGCAAAUGAAGUUUGCUAGUGAAGUUUUGAAGCGAAAUGUGUUCAACAGUCAAAGUGGAAAACAAAUGAAGAAAGUAGUGUAUUAAUUUUUUGCAGUAUAUCUCAGUUAAGGGUUUGAGAAAGAUUACUCUGAACUGAUGCAAUAAAGUGAUAGGUAUUUCUUUGGUUUUUUUUUUUUUUUUUUGUGUUUGUGUGGAGGGAAGGGAGGGCAUUUGUAUCCAAAGGACCACUGUAUUUGUACCACAUAUAUAUUAAUUUCCUUCCUUGUUUUUAAGGAGCCUUCAGUAAGCCUUGAAACACAGUACUGAAUACUUGAAAAUUCACAGCUUUCCACAGGCACCCAUGUCCAGAUGCAAGCUUUAUUAAAGGAAGAUCCCAACAGUUAUUAAAAGGGGAAAGAAAUCUCUAAAAAUAUUAUUAGUGUGAUUUUUUUUUUUAUUGACAGGCCUCAGGAAGUACCUUUGCAACAGGAUCCAACCUACUGCAGAUAUUCUCUCCAUCACCACAGGCUUUUUGCUUUAUUUUCUGGAGAGUAUCUCUUCUCCCUGCAGUGCUGUGCAGAAACCUGCAGAAACCUGAAAUUUCUUUCCUAAUUUUAAACUUCCUUAGGAUAUGAAAUAGAGAUAAUGGGCAUAAAGAAAAUCUACCACACUUUAUCUGAGAAAGUAGGAGAUCAGAGGGGUAAAGAGAGGCAUUCUCUGUAUUAAAUGAUUUUCUGACCUUUCUUCUACCAUCUGCCCCAGAUGGGAUGGGAAAAGGGUUGGAUUCUUACUGAAAGGAAAAUCCUCUCACCCUGGCCUUUAGGGAUGGAUUUUAUUGCUUAAAGACCAUGAGCAGCACAUGUAGGCAUUGUUUUUUACAUUCACAGCUCUGAUUAGAAACUGCCAGCAGAUCUGGGCAAGGUGUGUCUACUAUAAGAGAUGAAAUGGAAGGGAAUCCAGUACAGAAGGUAUCAGUAAUCCAUUUAGGCCUGGAAAUUAUUAAAGAAAAAUCCAAGUUCCAGAAACUGUACACAGAGAAAAUAAUGGUGUGUCAUUCUCCUUCUGUAAGCAGUAUUUUAACUUUGAAUAAAUGCCCUGGCAGUUCUAGAAACACUCCUGAUCUACGCCAGACACAGAGUCAGUCAGGUGACUCAUACUAACAUCAUUUCCCUUUUACUUCUGUUGUUUGGGUAUUUAUUUCUGUAUGCUGUUUUUUGGGAUUUUUUUCUUUAUAUUAUAGGGUUUUUUUUGAUGGGAACAUCUUGAUUUUCCCAGGAGGCAAUGUUUUAGCAAAGGUGCUUUGAUAAUUGUUGUCAGACUGGAAAUGAAAUUCUGGUCAGAUCUGAUGAUUCAUGCCCAGAUAUUUACCCUAGAUGAAACUUAGUGAAGCGAGGUUUUUCAAACAAAUAAGUAUUACCACCAUUCUUCAUAACAGUCCUGAACUGAUAAUAGCACAAGCCCUGCCACAGGUAGGAAGUUUAAAUGAGCCUCUCACUCAGUAUUCUGAUAAUUCCAAGGCUGUCUUACUUCCCUGUGUUUCCCUGGUUUUGGAGUACAAAUCUAGCACUCUCCUGUGAACAGAAGGUAGAAGUUUCUUCAAGGGAACAGCCUGUACUUCAACAGCCAGGUGGAAAGAACAUGCACAAAAUUAAAUAGGUGAUCAACCAAGUGGCAUUUUUUCAAAAGUUUUUUAUCUCCUUGCUUCUCACACCAGAGAAGAAGUAAAAACACUCUCCCAUCUAAUUCCUCCUGCUCCACAGGCAAGGCUUCACCAGCCUGAGAGGCAGAGGGGGCCCUAGGGCUCUGGUUUGAUUGCAAAAUCACAUUUCUGACUCUGGGAUCAAAACUGGCAUCUUUGUCCUGUGUCUGAGCCCCACCACUGGGAAAAUCCUCUGGGAAAAAAGAAAGCCUAUUGUUUUCCAAGUUCAUGAGAAAAAUUGUUAACCAAGAAUGCCAUUUUUGAGGCAAAUUUUCAACUCUACCAUGCCAGGUGUGCUUUCAAUUACAGACUACAAACAUACAGUUUAGGGAUCAUUAUAUAUAAAUCAUGGUAAGGCCAGUAAAAUCAAUGGCCAAAUAAAAGAGGCAGAGAGUUUUCAUCAGACUCUGGGAGAUUUAAGGGCAUGAGCCUUGUGUUUACCCAGCUCUUCCUUGAGGAUAUCAAAAAGCCCUUUAAUGGCAUUUUCAAAGUCCUUCUGCCAGAAAAACGACACAAGACAGAAGGCAGCUCAGUUAUCUGGCAUUUCUUCGCUUUUAGAUGUGCAAUUGAGCAGACAUAAUGACCUAUGACUACCUGGUUUUGAGAUGUUUUCUUGCUGUUUAACAAAAAAAGAAAAAAAACCCAGCGUCCCUAAACCCACAGUUUUCUGUAUGCAUUAGGAUCAUGUACCCUAUAAAAAAACAAGGCCUCCUGUAGCUUUUGUGUCCCCAUUAUCAACAUUAUCCUGUCUGUCCUGGCACAAAAAUAAAUUGGGAAUAAAGUACUACUUGUUACAGAAUAAACAGAAAAUACAUCAGGCUCUCAACUUAAAUUUAAAGCAUUCAAAACAUUUUUAUAACAUAGGUAACAUUAGAUUUAGUCUACCGGUUUUCACUGUGGAGUAUAUUGUCAUUUUGCCUUCCUCAAGUUUGAGAUAUGGUCAAAGUUUUUUCCAGCUGAAACUCUUAAUAAAAAUCUGAAUAAUAUGGGGUUUUUAAAAGUGUUACUUUCUAUUUAAUGAAUGUAUUUAUUCUGAAGUACAUAAGCAUAAAUAAAUCAAGCUGAGGAUUGUUUUGCAAUAGGACUAAGUGCUGGGUUUUUUUUUGUUUUUUUUUGGUUUUUUUUUUUUUAGUUAGGUGUUCUAAACAUGCUGUAAUGUGAUUUCACUUUCAGUGAAAAACAAAGUCAGUCUUGAGUGAUUGAGAAUAUCAAAAAGCAACAGGUCAUCAGAUUUCUUCAGAUCAGUUUAAAGAAAUUUAAUGAGUAAUUGUUGUAAAAUCCAUGUAAAAUCAAUGUAAAUCAAUGUAAAAUCAAUGUAAAAUCGAACUUUGAAUUGCAUAUAUUGUAUACAUUUGUAACUGAAUUUUAAUAAGACUAUUGUUACAGGAGAAAUACAGGUCAUGACAAAAUAUCCUGAUGGAAUCCUUGAGAAUUGCUCAGAAAAAUAAAUUGCAUUUUGCAGGAAAAAAAACCCUGGGAAGUAUGACUGAAACUCUUAUUCUUCUGCAUCUUAGAUCAGAGACAUUCUGAGUCAGCGACCGUCAGACAUAAUAAUUCCUAAAUAAUUCCAUUUAUAUAGAAUGCAGCAUUUCCUUCUCUGAAAUCACCAGAUGGGAAAUAAUCAGAAGUUUCACGUUUCUCAGUGGGCAAUAUUGCUGUAAAAUGGAUGAGCGCUCUUGUUAUCUGCAGAACCCAUAAAUGACUCAGUCUCAUUGGAAUGCAUAUUUAUUUUAAUAUAGUCUUAUCACUGGAAGGCUGCU